CGAGCACAUUUUCGGUGACGUUUGACCCUCGACCCUUGACCCGUACAGGUGGCCGCCAUGAUGAAUGUUUUCGGAGGCGCAGAGAAUCGUCCGAAAAAAUAACUCCUAGUCGCCGCUAGGAUCUACUUUAAUGCUUACACAUAAGGAUUCGUCGUCAUGGAACACUCCAGUAAUAGAAGACGAUGGGGCAAUACUGAAGACAGGAAAACUCCUAUCAAACCUGCGGAAGAGUCUUCACUGAAAGAAGAGAUUGAUCCUAGCUAUGAGGAGUACCUGCUGCUGUUACAACAAAGAAACAGACUAGUGAAGAAGCUGAAACAGAAGGAUGAUAAACAGAUAGAACUAGAGAGGAGGGAAAAGGGGUUUGCCUUGUAUGUAAAUGGAGCCAACCAGAAAGGAAGGAAGGGGAAGACUCCAUCUCCCCCUAAACAACCCAAGUCUGCACGGAGGAGCAAGACAGCUGGAGGGUACCCCCGUACCCUAGACCACCAGCAGCUUCAGGAAUUGCAGGCACAGGAUCAGGAGGAACAACGUUUUCGUGCCAAGACUGCGCCAGGGAAGGUUCAGCGUAGGAACUGGCUCCAAGGAUCGGUCCACAUCAGGACAAACAUAGGGGACAAGAUGAGAGUGGCAGCUCCAGUUGUUUCUCCCUCACCCAAGCUGCCCCCUAUUAUUUCCCCCUCUGUUCCACCUCUUGGCUGUACCUUCACUGUUCCAAGGGACAGCCCUGUCCCCUCCAAGCUUCCUUGUGUCAAUGGAACCUCUUUUAGCACCAAGGACAGGGACUAUUGUCUUCCAGGCACACGCUGCUAUCAGGACUAUGGAGAGUACUCUGAGGACUUUGACCCUGGGAGUGAUACAGACAAAGAAGAAGAGGAGUUAGCCAGGAACAUGUCACUAGUUCUACAGGGGGAUUCUUCUGAUGACAACAGUGACAUAGAGAUUGAUGCAUCUAAAUAUGAGAACAAAUCCUCAAGUAAACAGAAGCACGAUGUUAGAAGUGGGCAGGAAGACAGCAGGAGCUCAGAGGAAGAAGAAAUCAAUGAACAGCUGGUGUUGAGUAUUAAUGAUGUGAAGACGUUGAGAAGAAGUCUUGAGAUGAACUCAAGUAUACAGAAGAACCUUGCUGCUGCCAAGAAGAUGGAAGAACCAGAAGAAGAGAUAGAAGAGGAGUUGGAAGAAGAUAGCCUUGAUGAGGAUAAAGAAGAACCUGUUGAAGACAGUGGUGGACUGGAACCAGGAGAUAUGAUUGUACUGGAGUUUGCUGGUACAAGUAAAAAGGAACUUCAAAGAGAUCUGUCAGCUGCAAGACGAAAAGGCACAGAGCAUGAUGACUACAUACAGCCCAAUAGACCAAAUAGAACAAGCCACAGAGAUAGCCCAAGCAGGAAAGAAAAGGUGCAAAAGGAGAUAACUUUAGAAGCAGAACCAGUGAAAAGGAAGGAGCGCCCCCUUUCAGCAGCUAGGAAAGUGCAGCCAGGUCCCCAGCAGGACUGGAGUGCAGACAGGGCAGAGGUACUGCAGGCAGUACAGACUGAGAACAUGGCACUGGAGAACCUGAGGAGGGACACCAGGAGUGCACCACUCAGUAGGGCCAAGGCUGUCCCUAGUGAGGACCCUGCUGCUGUGUUAGAAGCCCUGCAGGCUGAGAACCAGCAGGUAGAGGAGUAUAGGAGGGACACCAGGUCUGCACCUGCACAGGAGCCUCCUCAGGACAGGCAGGGGGGAGAUCAGGCCCUUGGGGGAGAAGCUUCUUCCCCAAACAGGAAAGAUAAGGACAGUUUCCUACAGUCUGGGGACUCCCUGGCUCAAGUCAUGGACAAGGUUCUACAGAUGGAUGCUAAACAACAGAAGAUGCUCCUGAAGGCCCUAGGUAAGAUAGAGAAGUCAGCACAGCCUGUGUCUCCCAGGGCCUCAGGAAAGGAGAGUGGAGAUGGGACAGCCGUCAUACCUGAUGUCAGGCGGGUCAGAGAAGUGAAACCCAGAGAGGUGAGGAGAGCAGGGACGCCUGCAUGGGCCAAGGCUGAUAGGAGUGAGCCUAUACCACAGGAGCUUGAAACAGAUAAUGUCAGGGCCAGCAGUAAGCAGGAUAAAAGCGAGGGUACGAUAGAGGUGUUCUGUGAGAUGUUAUCCAACUGGGGACACCCCACCAGACUGGGGCUGACAGAGAUGGAGUUCUUCGACCUGGAAGGGAAGAAGAUACCAGUAUCUGAAGCUGAUGUUGUGGUAACCGCGGCUGAGGACAAGAAGGGAACUGUUGGAUGUCUGGUCAAUGGCAAAACUAAGACAAUCAAAGACCGUCACAUGUGGAGCUGUAGUUUUGGUCCUGACAGCCCUUCUGUAGAGCUGGUGUUUAACUUACACGGACAGACUAACAGCCAACAGGGCUUCGGUAUCUCCAAGGUCAAGAUAUGGAACUACAACAAGAGUCUUGCGGAACUAGACAUUGGUGUGCGACACAUGAGACUGUACAUUGGAGUUGACCUGGUAUUCAACGGCGAGGUGGAUAAAGGCUGUGGGAACCAGGUGUUUGAUUACAGCACCACCGUGCUGGUGGGAGACCAGGAGGAGACCAAGCCCACAUCAGAGCCAGAACUGCGGUCUGAGACCAGAAUCAUUAACUAUUCUGAUGCCAAGUUGGAGCUGCCUGAAGUGGAAGAGGAACCACCUCGGAGUCAGGAGUCUGCAAGAGGAGUGAGCUCCCCUAACAGAAGGAGACAGAGAACACCUCGGAUCUCCAAGAAGAUGGCUGCCAGGCUGGACGGCCUCCAGAGCCCUGAGUCAUCUUCUUCACGCUCGUCGUCUUCUCGAGAAAGUCCUACAUGUCCUACAAGUCCUAUGAGCUAUGACAGGGAUUCAGGACUAGGGACAGAAAGUGCACGGACAGACAGAACAAGAGAAAGCCAGGAAGAACCAUCCCUAUUACAACAAGUGCAGAAACAAGCCAGGGCUGUGUCUAGAGGCAGUAAGCAAGACUGGUUUGAGCCAGCCAGAAAUUCUCCUGACCAAAGUAAAGCCAAGCCAAGAACCAAGCCUCUGUGGCUGCAGGCAGAAGAAGAAAGAGAUGGCAGUAGCUCAGAUUCUACUGGGCCCACAGUGCAGGACACAGGACUCAACACUACCCUGGACAAGAUGGUGCAUUGGCCACAGAAAGGUGUUCCAGAGUUGCCCACCUUACUGGACAACAUGGAGAGACCAGACAGUAAGAGGAGACCGAGGAGUGGUCGGAGAAGGGGCCAGACUCCGGAGAACAGGUCAUCUAAGGACAGACCUACACACACUCCAGAUGUUGUUGCUGAUGAAGGUGAAGAAGCAAGAUGGCGGAAUCGCGCCUUGUCCUUCGAGUCGAGCGACCCGGAGACAGAGAAGGUGGCAGGACUCCCGAAACAGCGCUUACAGCAGCCUUGUCCUGACAAGCUGCAGGAGUCGUGGAACUCCCUGUCUCUGUUCAACCACUCUCACAGGGGACGCAUCACCAACAUGGACCAGGAAGGUGAUGUCCUUGAUGACUACCUGUCUGGAAACAAGAGAAGUAAAACAGCAGAGCCCACAAAGGAAGAGGAGGAAGUUCCAGAUACUAUGGAAGAAAUCUUUGAGAUCCCAGUACUGCCUGAAGGUAGAGAACUGAGGAUCAACAUCAGGACAACAUGGGGAGACAGGCACUAUGUAGGGCUGAAUGGGAUUGAAGUCUUCAGCAGCACUGGACAGCCAGUAAAAAUUGCCAAGAUAAUUGCGGACCCAUCCGAUAUCAACGUCCUUCCUGACUACAGCUCGGACCCACGCGUAGUCACCAACCUGACGGACGGUGUGAAUCGUACGCGGGACGACAUCCACAUGUGGCUGGCUCCCUACACGCCAAACGGCAACCACUACAUCUGUCUCACCUUCCAACAGCCGUGUAAAGUGGCCAUGAUAAGAAUAUGGAACUACAACAAGUCCAGAAUUCAUUCAUUCAGAGGUGCAAGGGACAUUGAGAUGAUGCUAGAUAAAAGUUUAAUUUUCAAGGGAGAAAUAGCAAAAGCAAGUGGUCUGCUGCAGGGUGACUUGGACUCCUUUGGUGAUACCAUACUGUUCACCAUGGAUGAGGAGAUACUAGAGGCCAUGGCACAGUAUGAUGAGACGUAUGAGGGGGAUGUGGAAGACUAUGAUGAAGAAGAGGAGGCACCGUUUGAGAGACCAAGCACUGCAGACAAGGGAAAACAGACUGUCACAGGGGACCGACCUUUCACAACAGCUAAAGCUGCGGAGAGACAGAUGGCUGCACAACGACAACAACAACAACAACAACAACAACAAUUACAAACACAGGUUCCUGUGGGGGAGCCACGGCCUGAUGCCUACCAGGGACAAGUGUUGCAGUUGAAUUUCACUGGGACCUGGGGCGACCCCCACUACCUGGGGCUGACUGGACUGGAGGUGCUGGGCUGGGAAGGAGAUCCUCUGACUCUCAGUCCCAGGAUGGUCAGUGCCACCCCUAGGGACAUCACAGUACUUCCAGGGUAUGAGGAUGACACCAGGACUUUGGAUAAGUUGGUGGAUGGCUGCAAUGUGACCACAGCAGAUGAGCACAUGUGGCUGAUACCAUUUAACGAGGGGGACGGCCAUGUCUUGACAGUUGACCUGGGCCAGCCACAGUACCUGACAGGGCUGAGGUUCUGGAACUACAACAAGGGCCGUGAGGACACUUACAGAGGGGCCAAGGUUGUCCACCUGGUGUUGGAUGGACAGGUCAUCUCCCCACCCCAAGGUUACCUUAUCAGGAAGGCUCCAGGGAACUGUAACUAUGACUACGCACAGGACAUCAGCUUCUCUCAGAGCCCUGUCUCCUCACAACCUGUUAAACUGUCAUCACAACCCCUGGAGCUUUCUGUUAGCAGCUAUGGUGGACGUCCUGCCAGGUGGUUAGAUAAAACCAGACAGAGUAAGCUGAUGAAUGAAGAGGCCAGUCAGGACUACGAACCACUCAUCAUGCCAUGUGGAUUUGUGUUUGAGCUCCAGCUGCUGUCGACCUGGGGUGACCCCUACUAUGUUGGGCUGAAUGGUCUGGACUUCUACAACGAGAAUGGGGACCAGAUCCAGCUGACUCAGAACAACAUUGCUGCGUACCCUGAGAGUGUGAACGUGCUACCAGGUGUGGAGGGGGAUGUGAGAACACCUGACAAGCUCAUAGAUGGGAACAACUGCACCAACGAUGGCAAAAACAUGUGGAUAGCACCUGUCCUACCUGGGGUGAUCAACAGAGUGUAUGUGAUAUUUGACCAGCCACAGACAGUCUCCAUGAUUAAGUUGUGGAACUACAGCAAGACUCCAACCAGGGGUGUGAAGGAGUUUGGGGUGUUGGUGGAUGACCUUGUUGUGUACAACGGUAUCCUGGGCAUGGUGCCGGCCACACGUGGGAUCCUGCCCACAUGUGAUGCUCCCACACCUUACCACACAAUCCUCUUCACCGAUGAUGAUGCUAUCGCUCAGAGAGAGAGACAUACUGUCAUCAGGUACUUCCACCCAAACUUCUAUCCAGUCAUGCCAGUUCCUCAUCUUCUUAGUCAUCCUUUCUUUUUACAACAUGGUAAUCAGGUCCCAGAUGACCAGGAUGUGAAGAUGACAGAUGAUAACAGAGUGAUGGCACAUCACAGGCAGCCCAAGAAACCUUCAGUGGACCAGGCUUUACGCCCAACCACAUCGGUGACAGGACCAGGAAGAGGUGCGCAUAGAAGAUAGUAACAGAUGCCCUUUCCUGACAAGAAGACUUGUUUUACUGGCUAGAUUGAAAUAUAGGAUGGACAUUGUACCUACUAUGUACCUAAAAUGUAUAUAAUAAUGUAUACUGUCAUUGAAAGUGUUACAGUCAGAGCAAAUAGACAGUAGGUCUUAUGGAUACCAGAUAUUAUCUUUAGGCUGUGUUAUAUUGACAUACAUUGUAAUUUCUCCCUGUGAUACAAAUGUGUAUUCAUAUCAUAGUGUAUAAUUCUGGCUGUUACUCCACAGUAUCGUUGCAUAGAAUAGGAUAUUUACUCUCACUGUGAACCAAUUUUUCUGUCCACGCUUGCACAACUAUGCAUUGGCAACACAUGUACAAUAUUCCAAUGCCCAUUUUUCCACCCUAUACAUUUGUACUUACAUAAUAUCAUUCAUAGAAGUAGAUAGGUUUUCUUCAUGACACUGUGUGUAUGAUGUUUUAGACCAUUGGCAGCUCUUCACAAUACAAUUGUUUUGAAAUGUAAUCUUGCUGCAAUAACAUACUCAUCACUUCUUACUUAGGAGAUAGACAUGUGCCUUGUACACAGUUCAUUUGGAAUUGUUAACACCACCAUUCAACACUGUCAACACUUCUUAAUGCUUGCAUUCCAUGAAUGUACCCAGCUUGAGGGAUUGCAAUAAACAGAUCAAUCAAUA